AUGCCGAAACAGGAAACAGUGAGGUACUAUCACGGCGAAUUGGUGAUUCUGUUCUUCUCGGAGUACUUCGAGCAGAACGAUGUUAAACUGUCGUCGGAUGAUGAAACACCGGAAGAUGAAACACCGAAACAGACACCUUUCCAGAGCAAGUCGCAAGCGUACAACGUGAGACACGUGGAGGAAGCUUGGCUACAUUUGCUCCGAACUGGCAACAUCGAGAAAUUGAAGAAACUGGUCGUCUGCACGUUCGACUUCCUUCUGGCAGCCGUGCAAAUGAUAUCCGUCAGUUACCUGAGAUCCGUCCUCGAACAUUUGCGGAUGCAUAUACUGGACAGGGACUUGGAGUUGGUUUACUACACGAUUAGAAAGUCCAGUGACAUUUUGACGAGAGAUCCUCUUCAACUCAGCGCACAGUUGAUCUGUUGGCUUAGACCUGUGGUUGAAGAUGGCAAAGAUUUGGUGAGUAGAAUAGUUACAGCAGCGAUGGCGUGGUGCGAUGGUUACACAGCACCAUUAUUGGUGCCAUUAAACGAAUGGCUUCAGCCACCUCUGCCUCUUCAAAUUUGCACAUUGUCUUAUCCGCAAGACGUGAAACUCGUCGAGACUUCUCCUUCAGGGCAACACAUUAUCAUUGUCCCUUUCGAAGGGGAUGAUGUUCAGCUAUGGCACGUGAUGUCUGGACAAUUGAUUCUUACAUUCAAAGGUCAUUCGAGCCCGAUUUCGUGUUUGGCCGUGACACAAUACUCGCAGUACAUGCUGACAGGCUCGGAAGACACUACGAUUAUAGUUUGGAACAUGAAGAAGUUGGCUUUGAAGCUGAGGAUCCAAGAGCACAUCGCCCCAGUUCUGUGUCUGACAAUAGUGCUCAAGAAUUCAGCGAUUGUC